UCGUUGAAGGAGCAGGAGGAGGGGGGGAGGCAGGCAGGCAGGCGAAGUCGCAGCUUCUCGCCUUAGGGGGCUCGCCUGCCCUUUCGGAGCUCUUUUGGACGCCUUAAUUUGUUUGCUUUCGUCUCUCCUCCCCCCCUUCGCUCCCCUCCCGUCGGGAUCCCUACCCUCCUCUGGGUUUUGUUUUUAAUGUGUGUGUGUAACCGCCUCCUUGCCUCUUUUCUUCGUCUCCAUCCCUGUCCGGCUUGCCUGUGGGGGACUUAAAACAAGCCAAAAGAGCGCGCGCAAGAAACAACAAGACAUUAUCUCUUUCCAACCCCAAGGCAUCGAAAGGGAGAGGGGUUGGGGGAGGAGAAGCCUAAAAAGAAGCCAGGACCAGGUCGGGAAGGAGGAACACCCCCCUCCCAACCAAGAAGCCGAGAUAACUGAUCAACUGGACAGACAGAGUUGUGCGUUUUUCGAUCGCUGGCCGGAUAUUACUGUACCUCUCUCGCCUGCUGCCCUCUCUCUCCCUGUUCUCUUUUCCUGGGUUUAAGUCCACCAUCCUCCAAGCACCGAGAGUGAUUGAGAGAAAGAGCGCGGAGCGAGAGAGAGAGAAAAGUCCAUCCUUUGCAACUCCAGCCAUGGUGGGAAGGGCUCAGCCCGAUCGGAGACAAUUCCCGUUGGUCCUACUGAGACUGCUUUGCCUUCUCCCUACAGGGCUGCCGGUCCGCAGCGUGGAUUAUAACCGAGGCACUGACAACAUCACGGUGAGGCAGGGAGACACAGCUAUCCUCAGGUGUUUUAUAGAAGACAAAAGCUCCAAGGUGGCCUGGUUAAAUCGUUCUGGUAUCAUUUUUGCUGGUCAGGACAAGUGGUCUCUGGACCCUCGAGUAGAUCUCCAGCAGCUUUCACUUCUGGAAUACAGCCUUCGGAUCCAGAAAGUGGAUAUCUAUGACGAAGGGUCAUAUACAUGCUCAGUCCAAACGCUGCACCAUCCCAAGACUUCUCAAGUUUAUUUGAUUGUUCAAGGCAGAGAAUUUGAAGGUGAAGAAGAGUUCCUGGAGAUCCUGGGAAUAACACGAGAGCAGUCAGGCAAAUACGAGUGCAAAGCCGCAAAUGAGGUUUCCACAGCUGAUGUGAAGCAAGUCCGAGUCACUGUGAAUUACCCGCCAACUAUCACGGAAUCCAAGAGCAAUGUAUCUGCUACAGGGCGGCCGGUUUCACUUAAGUGUGCAGCCUCUGCUGUGCCCACGCCUGAUUUUGAAUGGUACAGAGAUGACACUAGGAUAAAUAGUGCCAAUGGUCUGGAGAUCAGGAGCAUAGGGAGCCAGUCCUUCCUGACAGUGACCAAUGUCACUGAAGAACAUUAUGGCAACUAUACCUGUGUCGCUACCAACAAACUGGGAAUCACAAAUGCUAGCCUAUUUCUUUACAAGAAAAUAUUACCCACACUCCCCAAUAUUUUUACAGGACCUGGUACAGGAAUUGCAGGCAAUGGAUCUAUGUGUUUGGCCGUACCACUGUGGCUGUUGGCAGUGUCCGUGUUCUGCCUACUCAGUAAAUGUUAAUAACAGCUGAAAUAAAAACCCAGAAACAUCAAGAACAACACACAAAGCAAAAGAAAAAAAAUGUCAUACAGGAGACAGAGCAAGAGAGAGUGGGGGGAGGGAAAGGACAACUUCUUUCACAACUUUUGUGUGUGCUGAAACAAAGGGAAGAAAUUUCAGUGAAAGAAGAAUCAGCCACAUUUAUUCUAACAACUGUCAAGCCACUGACCAUCCUGGAAUAUGGGAGACAGAUUAUCACACAAUGAAGGCUGAAUUCUGCUAAGGAUGCUGAGAUGCUGUAAAAAGAAACAAUGAAAUUUCACUUUAUUAUCUCCAUUCUCUCAUAUCAUUUUCUCCUCCCUCUUUCCUUAUUUCCCUCCUUCCCUCCCUCCCUCUCUCCUUCAAGGAAAGAAAUGGCCUUUGCUUUGAUGUUAAUAGCCAUACUCUUUUAAUUGGCUUGGUAAUUUCUUAAACUGAUAUUUAGCUUUUUCAGAUACCUGUAAAGAAUGAUACAGAGUUCUCUAGCAUACUGGUGUCCCAUGAAGAAACUCCGCACAGCCCUUACCUCACUGUCUCUCCCUUAGGCUGUCCAAUAUAUUUUGGGUAUCUUAGCCCUUGAUGCUUUGAGGAUGAUAAAAUUUAGAAAUUUUACUCAUCUGCCCUCUUGUUCUUGCCAGUCUCCCUGUCUUCUUUUCUCUUUCUCUCUCUCUCUCUCCCUCUCCCUGUCUCUCUGUCAUGUAUGUAUGAGUGCAUGUUGCUGUGUGUGUAUGUAUGCAUC